AUGCCAUCCUAUGCUAAGUUCUUAAAGGAAAUCCUUUCUAAGAAGAGGAAGUUGGAGGAUUAUGAGACUUUUGCUUUAACAGAGGAAUGUAGUGCCAUCUUGCAAAACAAGCUGCUUCUAAAACUCAAGGACCCUGGAAGCUUCUCUAUACCUUGUUGCAUUGGCAACAUGAACAUUGAUGAAACCUUUUGUGAUCUUGGUGCUAGUGUGAGUCUAAUGCCUCUAUUAAUAUGCCAAAAGCUGAAUGUUAGAGAGCUUAGACCAAUAAUAAUUUCAUUACAAUUGGCAGAUAAGUUUGUCAAGUACACAAUUGGCAUCUUGGAGAACAUCCCCAUCAAAGUAGGCAAGUUCUUUAUUCUUGUUGACUUUGUUGUCCUGGAGAUGGAAGAAGAUGUUCAGAUUCCCAUUAUAUUGAAAAGGCCAUUCUUAGCAACUUCUAGAGCUAUCAUAGAUGUGAAAAAUGGGCGAUGA